AUGUCCAAGUUCGUCAAUACAAGGAUCUCCGUCCGUGGUGGCUUGACUGCCUGCAUUUUGGCCUUUCCAGUACAGGCAUCGAUUGUACACAACGAGAACGAAAAGAUACUUAACGAUGAUUGUAUCAAACAGGGGAUUCUCCAAUAUGCGAAGCGCAAUACCAAGCCUGAAACAAGUAAAUGCUCUAUUAAAAGAAUAGCAGAUGCAACAUUAGAGGCCUCAAAGCCCUGUCCACACGUGAACAAAACGAAUAUUAAAGCCGUGCACAUAUCCGGCUCCAGAUUUUGGUCGAGCAUAAUUGGUGACUUGUCAAAACGCUUGGAAGCGUCGCUCCAAGCGCUCCUCCGUCACCUUCGCCUCCGCACCCAGGCGACACUCGUGCCAAUCGCAAGACGAUCCAACGUAGGAACAAUGCCAAGAGUACUGCCACCUACCACUACCACGGCGACCGCAGUAACACUCGACAGGACCGAAGUCAGACGUCGAAUAUUCAGGCAUAUCUUGCGUGGCCUUGCGAGCCCCAAGGUGCGUCGAGCCACAGCCGGGGCAGACAACGCCGCAGGUUAUGCCCCCUUCCUCCUGGAACCCGUCCGGAUGGAACUUGUCGGGAAUGGCCUCGUGGCAGAGCGCGUUUGUCGAGAAAUCGGUACAGUUGAAGGUGUGGUCACAACAGCCACAUGCCAACUGGCUGAACGGAUGGUGGCCCUCCUAAAAUUUCAAAGCGUUUCGAUGCCCGCAACGACUGCACCACCAGGCUCCGUCGGUGCCAUCAUGCACACAGACAGUACCAAACUCCGGCUCAUAGACCGAGAGAACUUGGCGGCGCCGGCCGAUGUUGUCACGGGCCUGUGGGGCUAUCAAUGGCAUGUAUGAGUGAUUUACUAGAAUUGUGUAGCCGUGUCGGGAAGAGCUGGCAUUCGUUAUCGCGUCGAGAAGCUGGUGGCGACCCUUCGCGUACUCGGUGACGUCUUCGAC